AUGGCCUUCGGCGGACAGACGCCGACCAUCAUCGUCCUGAAAGAAGGAACCGAUCAGUCGCAAGGACGGGGACAGGUCAUCUCAAACAUCAACGCAUGCUUGGCCGUACAGGCGACAGUGAAGACUACGCUGGGACCUUACGGCGGUGACCUCUUACUUGUCGACGAGAAUGGGAAGCAGACAAUCACGAACGAUGGUGCGACUGUGAUGAAGCUGCUAGAUAUCGUACACCCAGCGGCACGAGUUCUCACAGAUAUUGCAAGAUCACAAGAUGCGGAAGUUGGAGAUGGCACAACCUCAGUCGUAGUCCUGGCUGGCGAGGUGCUGAAAGAGGUCAAGGAUCACGUUGAGCAGGGUGUGAGCAGCCAGGUCAUCAUCAAGGGUCUUCGAAGAGCGGGUAUAAUGGCGGUCAACAAGAUCAAGGAGAUUGCGGUGAACACGAGCGAGAGCAACCAGAGGGAGAGUCUGCGCAAAUUGGCAGCAACUGCCAUGAGCAGCAAGCUGAUCCACCGGAAUUCAGACUUCUUCACCAAGAUGGUCGUGGACGCCGUGCUUUCACUCGAUCAGGACGAUCUCAACGAGAAGCUAAUCGGCAUCAAGAAGAUCACCGGUGGCGCCCUCGAAGACUCCCUCUUCAUCAACGGUGUGGCUUUCAAGAAGACUUUCUCAUACGCUGGCUUCGAACAACAACCCAAAUCCUUCAAGAACCCAAAGAUCGUCUGCCUGAAUGUGGAGCUUGAACUCAAGAGCGAGAAGGACAACGCAGAAAUUCGUGUGGAGCAGGUGUCAGAAUACCAAGCGAUUGUGGAUGCAGAAUGGCGGAUCAUCUACGACAAGAUGGAGGCACUCUACAAGACUGGCGCAAAGGUGGUCCUCUCGAAGCUACCGAUUGGAGAUCUGGCAACGCAGUACUUCGCAGACCGCGAUAUCUUCUGUGCUGGACGUGUGGCAUCCGAAGACUUGGACCGGGUGUGCCAGGCAACUGGCGCAAGCAUUCAAUCGACUUGCUCCGACAUCCAGCCUCACCAUUUGGGAACAUGUGAGAAGUUUGAGGAGCGACAGAUCGGAGGUGAACGCUUCAACUUCUUCGAAGGUUGCCCAGAAGCGAACACAUGCACUCUGGUUCUUCGCGGCGGCGCUGAGCAGUUCAUCGCAGAGGUCGAGCGGAGCUUGCACGAUGCGAUCAUGAUUGUGAAGCGGGCGAUCAAGAACCACAACAUCGUCGCAGGAGGCGGUGCAUGUGAGAUGGAGAUCUCGGCGUACCUUCACAGCUUUGCCGACAAGAACGUGCCUCACAAGCAACAAGCCAUCAUCAAAUCGUUCGCAAAAGCGCUCGAGGUCAUUCCACGACAACUAUGCGACAAUGCUGGCUUCGAUGCCACCGACAUCCUCAACCGCCUGCGCGUAGAGCACCGAAAGGGCAAUACGUGGGCAGGUGUUGACUUCGACCACGAGGGCAUUCGGGAUAAUUUGGAAGCCUUCGUUUGGGAGCCAUCUCUGGUCAAGAUCAACGCCAUCCAAGCAGCUAUUGAAGCGAGCUGCUUAAUCUUGAGCGUGGACGAGACGAUCAAGAACCAGGAGUCACAGCAGGCGCAAGCACCACAGAGAGGCCUGCCACCUGGUGCUGCGCAGCGAGCGGUCAGAGGUCGCGGACGGGGUAUGCCAAUGCGCGGUCGAUAG